AUGGGACCCUGUGGCCUUGCUGGGCAUUAUGGAUUCCUGUGGGGUUCUUGGUCUCUUAUUAUUGCAGUUGUGGGGAGUAUCCGGUUUUUCAUUUGCUGCUAUGGGCAGGAGUGCACUGUUCACGUGAACAGCCUAAUUUCAGCUGGCCUUUGUUUUCAGCUGGUUUUCAGCUGCUCUCUGAGGUUUGUUUUAAGAGUUUCUCCAUUGAAUGCAGUUGGUUCUGGGUUGAAGGGCACUGCUCACGUGACUACUCAUGGGACUGUUCCCGUGAACAGUGUUAAUGCUUCUGGUGCUGGUCCUUUCAACUGCUUCCUUGGGACUUCUCCCUCGAAUUUCAAAUGGAGUUUCAGCUCCUUUUGCAGAAGUCAAAUUGGAAAUUGCAAUAGGCUUUCCAAACCUGGCAUUGGGUGUCCAUGUGGAGGAGAGUUUGCGGCUGAUGACUGCUGGCGUGACGGGUACCAUGAAGACAGUGCACCCCGUCCUUCAUAUUGA